AUGUCAGAACUAGUUGAUCGUCCACGGUCCGAUUUAACACAGGAUGAGCUCCAGCAACUGGAAGAAUUUGAAUUUAAGCAUGGGCCCAUGUCGCUGAUAAACGAUGCGAUGGUAUCAAAAGUACCAGUGAUCAUUUCACUGAGGAAUAAUCACAAGAUCAUAGCUCGAGUAAAGGCCUUUGAUAGACAUUGUAAUAUGGUACUUGAAAAUGUGAAAGAACUAUGGACUGAAAAAGUGAAUAAAAAGACAAUCAAUAGGGAACGCUUCAUAAGCAAGCUUUUUUUGAGGGGGGAUUCUGUCAUUGUUGUCUUGAGGGCGCCGAUCUAA